GGGUUUUGACAGCUCUCUCUCGAUUCAAAGAGUCUCGCAUCAUUUCAUCCUUGACUACGUUUUGUGCUGUUUGCACAUUUCUUCAUUUUAUUCUUGAGUUUUACCAUUUUUACAUUUUAAAAUCUUAAACAAGUACGAUAAUAUUUACGACAAAGCCUGUACCCGGUGAAUUAGGUUCGCUUCGAGAUAAGAAUUAGGUUUUGCGUGCCUCAAUUUGGGCUGUGGCCGUAGACAUCAGGAAAGCAAAGAGUAGACAGUGAAAGCGGGCGGUUUCGAUAACUUGGAAGGCUUUGGCAUUCUGGGUGUAAAAUACUGCGUUUUAAAAAGCUAACUGAUGGAUUUGGAUGGAAAAGAUAAGAUUCGGCGCUUCUGCUAUCUUGGCAGGUUUGAACCCGUAUAUGUACAUCUGCGAGGCUCGAUCAAUGUUGGGCAGUACUGGCCGCAAUUAGAAGUGCUCUGCAAAUCGCUGGAUGACGUAGCAAUGCUUCUAAUUUUGCGACAAGCACUACAGGAAACUACACUCGUGCGACGCGAUGAGCCGCUUUUCGUAUACGCAGCUUAUUUAGCUAGUGACGUUGACAUAAAAUGGAAAACAUCAGUGCGUAAAGCCUUACCGGCGUUAAUACUAAAUGAUGAAGACCUUUUUAUGUUUUGCAAAUACGCAAUGCUCAUUCAGCGGGAAUUGAAACAUAAAGGCUUCACUAAUACGACACGGAAAGCCAUUACAGCUUGGUAUGAAGAUCAAUCACCCGAAGAGUUACGUCAAAUGUGGCUUACGCAUCGCGGUGCACAUGGAUUUACGCACAAAACGCUUAUUAAGUUAUGUCAUAUUAACGACGAAACGAUCGGUGCUGUGGGUACUGUUACACCAUUUUUCAAAACAUGUACAGAAUUACUUAAAUCAUCUGAAUCAAGUGAGGAAACCGCAACUAUUGAAAAUCACUCAGACGCUAAGCCACAUGUGGAUGAAAUGCAGCAAAUUGAAAAGACAGCCACCACAGAUGUAGAAAAAACACAAAGUAACACGGAAUUGCCAUCGUCCGUCAUCUUGUCCGUCAGCAAAUUACGUACAACCAAUAAUAAAACAGAGGCAUUGAAAAUUAUACGCAAAUUCAAAUUACGCUACCAUCAAGUGCCCAAUCAUUUACUGCGUUUCGGCCCAAUUAUGGAAGCGUUAAUACCAACUAUGUCAUAUUUGCAACUGUUGAAGAGUUGGCGCAAUUUGGCACGAUAUCAUUUUGAUAAUCCAAAAAUAAUGAAAUUGUGCCAGACACUAUUCGAAAAUAAGAAACUAUUGCGUAAGGACAAUAUUCAUCCGAUUGUGUUCCUGAUGCAAAUGCGUGACAUGGGUAUGCGUGAGGAUAUAGCAAAAUUGGCACCCAAGCGAGUUGAAGCUCUGAAAAUGCCGCUAUUCAAGCAGCUAUACCAGCAGUCAUUUGGCAACAAUCAGAGCACCGGCUUGCGUAUGCACAUCACAAUAAAUAUACAAAAAAAUUAUAGGAAAAAAACUUUGAAGAAUCACAAAAAAUUGGGAUUUCUCGAAGCUGCAAUAGCUUUGGCUUUCGGUUACUAUAAAAGAGAAAAGGAAGUCAAUGUGUUCUACUGGAUCGGUGAUAAGCUUGCUUUGGGUCAGAUGCCCUGGGAGGAUGGUAUAACUGUAGAAGAUGCGAUUGACUAUUGUGAUUUGUUGGAUAUUACAAAAACCAGCCAACGUCUUAUAACCCCCGUUUUGCGUGCUAUGGAACGUAAGCAGGUGUAUGAUGUAUUUCUCGUUAUUGUACCAACAGCUGGGCGCGGUAAUCCAAAAAAUAAUUCCGACUUGCUUUGCAAAUUUUUAGACAAAUAUCGCGAAAAGAAGAACCCAAAGGCAAAGUUCGUUAUAUUGGACUUAUUGAAAUUCCGCAAGUCGAUGCGUUAUUCAGAAACACGCAACGAAAACAUGCUUGAAAUUUGCGGUUUAGACGAGCACACUACGAAUUUGAUAAACAAUUUCGCUUUGAAUCGUUUCGGUUAAAGACAAGCUCCGAAAUAAUUUUGACGGCAGAACGCAGCAAAUUGAAAACGGUAUCCGCAUUAGGCAUAGUGAAAAAAAGGUGUGGGUGAAAUAUAUUAAACAUACUUUUUUCGCAUUUUGUUUAGCGGUAAGCGUAAUAAAUGAUUUCACUUGAUAAGUUUGGUGGUAGUGGACGUGAUUUGAAUCUAAACACACCCACACAUAAGUUGUAUGUAGUAUUACGAGUGCAUUAUAAUUAAUCUAGUUGCUUAGUGCAUACAUACAUACUUACUUAUACUAACGAUAACAUUUAAAUGUUCUACUUACAUGCAAUAAGCCAUGUAUAACUAAUUACGUAAUUAAUAUCAUAGCUUGUAGUGCGCAUACAUAUACAUACAUAUAUGAAAGAUAAUUGUAGUGAAGUUUCUUUCUUUCUACUAGGGCUUUGAGUAAGUGUUUUUUGUUUUCCAAUUCCUAAUUUUUCUGUUUAUUUCAUUUCAAUUAAUGCUGUUAAUUUUCUUUCUACAAACACACACAUACCUCCUCUUUGCGAUAACAUUAUUAAGCGUUAAGCUUUAUUUUAGAAUUAUCAUUAAUUACAAAGUAAUUAAAAUAUAUGCUUGUCUCAAUUGUUUCAAUCAUUUUCUGUUAUAUAAUACUAGUUAAUGUGCAACCGUUCAAAACGUGCUUUAAAUUAAUAAUGUUUAAAAUAAAGCCAAACAAACAAACGCAAAGAAACCAUACAAUUGAAAAUUUUGAACACAAUACCAUUGAAUGGAUACAAUCAAUCAAAAUUGAACGAAAUCAUAGACGUAACGUACCAAUAUGGAUGCUAAACUGAAAUGCCUUAAACUGCAAAAUCGCAAACAAUUCGAAAUGCAAACUACCAAUUAAGUUAAACCUAAUUAAACUAAAUUAUUGUAAAUUUAAUUAUACUUUGUAUGAAAUGAGGAGCAUUAUGCUAAUGGUAUUUUAAGCGAAGCGUGUAUUAUUGGCACAUAUACACGCACGACACAUAAUCACGCAUACAUAAAAUGUAUGUAUAUAUAUUUACAAAUAUAUGUUUGUAUGAAAUUCAAAUGUUUUAUGGAAACAAAUACGCGUAAAAAACUGAUAUUGAAACUGAACUGAUUCGAAAUAGUAAAUAGUAAACUGUACUGACAAACUCGAAAUUUGUUUAAUAUUUACAAGUGAUUAUAAAUUAUUGCUACAUAAAAAUUUAUGCAUGCUAACAUAACAUCAUUAGACACUUAAAAACACAAAAACACACUUCAAACAACAUGAGAAAUUUGCUACACAAAAUCAAUGGAAUAUAGAAUAUAUAUAAUAAAUGAAAUUUCUUUGCAACUCAUUUGUAAUUAAAUUUAUAUUUUGUUUUUACAAUUACCUAAUAGCCUUAAUGUAAAUUGUAAAAUAUUUUAGUGACGAAUCUCAUAUAUUUAUUUUAAACUUGAAUACAUAAUCAUAGCAAAGGUUGCGCAAUAAUAAAUUCCAUAUAGACAUAGUUAAGAAAUUUGAAAUGAAGAAAUACAAAUUUAUAUCAGAAAAAUGCUGCCAAAUUCCAAUUGUAACAUGCAAUAUAUAGACCAGACACACAGACUGACUACACAGCCACACACUGCAAGUGCAUUGGGAAGUUAGUACUUGGUAUUAGACGAAAGCAUUUUCGUAACAUACGCAACUGCAACUGGAGGAACAAUAAACUAAAUAAAUUUAAUUAUCUGAUAAAAUAGUGAAAUUUUUGUAUUGACAAGCAACUGAAUCUUCGACUGCCUUUAAACAAAAACUGGUUAUAUAGCAACAUAAUAGAAAAUAUAUAGAAACAGUUAUUCGAUAAAUCAAAUACAUGCAUAAGUAAACGAAAUUUUUUGGAGGUAACGUGCCAUUUCAAAAAGAAAAAUUACCGAACAAAAUUUACAUAUGAAAAAUCAGACUGUAUAGUAAUAACAAAACGAUUAAAUACUGUUCGGCUAAAAUAAGCAAACCGCCAAGUUGUAUUGUUGUAAAUUAAUUAACAAAGAACAAUAAAACUGAAUUAAUAUUAUUAUUUCAACCUAACCUAUACUUUAUUAUAACUAACAAACUGUUGCUACCGAACUACUUAUUUGAAGAAAAUGGUAUUGCUAAUUAUAGUUAAAAAUUACAAUAUAAACACCACAUACAUGUCUAUGUAUAUGAUUUUAUUGUUAUAUUAAUUUAAGUAAACAUAGAAAUUUGCAAAAUUUCCAAAAAAAAAAAAAAACACUCAUCUGUGAAACAAACCGUUGUGAUCGCUAAGAAAUUUAAAGCAAAAAUUAAACGUUUAACGAACGAUAUUAAAUUAAAAGUAUUAAAACGAAACUAAAUAGAAUUUAUACCAAAACGAAAAAGCAAAACUAAAAUAAAUAGCUGGCAAGCAAAGAUUGCCGUGUCUUGUGUUACCGAAUCGAAUGAAUUUGCAAUAACAAUAAUAUAAGAAAUUACAUGGAAAUAAAACAAUUAAAAACAAAAAUAUUCAAUAUUAGGCAAAAGUGUUAACAAAUCAAGCGCAAACCGAAAAGUACCUUUCAAAAAUCCGAUAAAUCCUCAAAAUUUACGCAAAGCACAUAAACGAAACAAAAACAAGGACAACAAGAAACAAAUGAAAUAGCAGUUUAAAGAAUUAAGAACAAAUCUAAAAAAUCGUACUUUGCUUUCAUUUUACAACUAAAUUAUGCAUGCAAACAAUUAAAAAGUAAUAUUUUUCUGCUAUUAAUGCUUUAUAAACUAAAACAAAUAAGAAAAUAACGAUGAAAUUGUUACACGCGAAAAAGUGUUUAAUUGUUGCAGCAGACAGACACCACACAUAAAAGCAC